AUGUCCAACGUUCACGUUGUAGAAAGGGUUGGAAAGACUACUUUGAUCCAGAAAGUCACUCAAGCUCUAAAGUCCUCGGGAAUUCCCAUUGAUGGAUUUUACACAGAGGAAGUUAGAGAAGGUGGCAGGAGAACAGGAUUUGAUGUUGUCACUUUGUCUGGAAAACGAGGACCUUUAUCUAGAGUCAGCUCUGAUUCUUCUACUUCAAGACGUGAAUAUCGGGUCGGACAGUAUGUUGUAGACCUUGUUUCAUUUGAGCAGUUGGUUCUACCUAUGCUGAGAAAUGUGAACCAUGGCAGUGGUGCAGAGAAACAAAUCUGUGUCAUAGAUGAGAUUGGUAAAAUGGAACUCUUCAGCCAAGCUUUUAUUCAAGCUGUUCGUCAAACGCUGACUGGCUCAGGGACCGUGGUGCUUGGAACUAUUCCAAUACCUAAGGGAAAGCCACUGGAUCUUGUUGAAGAAAUAAGAAGUAGGAAAGAUGUUAAAGUGUUCAAUGUUAGUAAGGAAAACAGAAACAGCAUUUUGCAAGACAUCUUGGCAGCUGUGGAAUCCUGCAGAAAAUGAAGACCUUUUCCUGCCUGUAAACACUAAAGCUUUUAUUUUAACAAAACAUUACAACAUUUUGCGGAUGUUUUAGAGUCUGUCCUUCCUGCUUUAGCCCCUGGAGGCUUUACUGGAGCCUUCAGGGUAAGCAAGGUAAAGCUGGUAAUACUCUAAAAUGUGAAAAUGAGAUAGCAGGAUUCUUGUUUAUUCAGUUCACAAGCUGAUCCAUUCAAAAAAAUUGAAGAGAUGCGUAGUUAACAUCCAGUUCUAAUCUGUGUAUUUGGAAGUUAGGUGGUCUGACUCUGA